UCAGUUGCCUCCCAGACGUGCGCUCUCGCUGUCGUGUGUUCUCGAUCGCGAGAAAUCCAAAUCGAAAUCGCAGUCGAAAUCGAACUUGGUUAAUGCUUAACACUCUGCAUGCCCGGGAGAUAUGGUGAAACUCUCGAUCUGACCGGAAAAUCCCAGCGCGCGUCGCUAUAAACACUUAAGAUCGGUGGCAGAUGGUAUCGGGCUUGAGGUCCAUAAAAGCGCAUUCAUCUCGAGCUUUUCGUGUCACUCAAAGACGGCGCACAGAGCCGAAAAGUUGAAGACUCACAUAUCCUGCGAUCAGCUACUUGGAUAGCCCAUUGCCCAGUUGCAAGCCAAAUCGGUUAUAAACGAUAUCAAUAUCGCGGCAUUUCAUCAGAGCAACCAAAUCGAACCGAUCCGAAAACGGUUCCACUAAAGCGGCGAGAGCGAAACUAAAGUGAAAAGCAAACCGACUAAUUGAAGUGUCUGUCUGUGUGUCUCGCAAACGUGCAAAGGAAACAAACAAAACGGAAUAGCCAACAUAUCACACAGAGCCACCGCACAAAAUAUUUAUAAAUAAAUAAGAGGCAACAGUAACACCAGCUACCAGUAUAAAGGCCCGGCAUUAACAUUUAGUCGUGCCAGUUUGUUUAUUUUUUAUAUACGCAAAGCCCAUAAAAAGAAAAAAACGCACAGAUCACUAAAAAACAACAGCAGCCGGCGCUAUAAUAACAAAGUUGUAGAAAUAAGAAAAUUGGUAUAAGACGCCACCGAUCCGCCAAUCACCUGCUAUAUACUAUUACUAAUCCCCGACGCAGACGUUCGCCGUCCGCAGAAUCUAUAUAUAUUUAUAAAUCCAAUUGAUUAAGCCCGAGAUCGAGCAUGAUGACGCCCAUGUGGAUAUCGCUGUUCAAAGUCCUGCUGCUGCUGUUCGCCUUCUUUGCCACGUACGAGGCCAAGGAGUAUGAACGUAUCAUCAAAGAGCUUUUUACAAUAACCAAUGAUGAGGGAGUUGUCCUCUUUAAUACGUCCGCGGACAGUGCACCCUUCAUGCCCAUACCCACCCAGCACGACGAUCCGACCCAGAAACAGAAACAGAAUCAGAAUCAAUCUCCGAUACCCGAAACGAACCGCCAUUACCAUCAGUAUCACAGCCUGAUCCAACCAGAUCAGUACUUCAAAGUGCAGCGCUCCCCGAAUGGAAAGCUGAAUCUGGUCUUUAACGAUACGUUCGUAUCUUUGCAGAGGACGGACACGGAGGUGCAAUCCGAACAGCCGAUACCCCCCCGACAUCCAUCGGAUACCUUUGUCUUCCCCGAUUCCCCCAUAGCCAAGUAUCGGCCACCACAAUCCCCAGCUCGUCCUUUGAGGAAUGACACUAAAGAGCACAAUCCCUGCGCCAAGGAUGAAAGCCAACACCUUAGAAACUUCUGCACGAAUGUGGACGACUAUCCGGACCUUUCAGGCCUCACACAUAAGCUAAAAAACAACUUUGCCAAGUUCUUUAGCAACGAUCUUCAGCCCACGGAUGUGAGCUCUCGCGUUGGUGGCUCAGACGAGCGAUUCCUUUGCAGGAGCAUCAGGAAGCUGGUGUACCCAAAAAAGGGCUUGAGGGCGGACGACACCUGGCAGUUAAUUGUCAAUAACGAUGAGUACAAACAGGCCAUCCAGAUCGAAGAGUGCGAAGGAGCGGAUCAACCCUGUGACUUCGCCGCCAACUUUCCGCAGAGCUAUAAUCCAAUCUGCAAGCAGCACUACACACAGCAGACCCUGGCCAGCAUCAAAAGUGAUGGCGAACUGGACGUGGUGCAGAAUUCCUUCAAGAUCCCUUCCUGCUGCAAGUGCGCGUUGAAGACUGGGUGAUUCUGGAAAAUGGGAUUCUCCAGUCGAUGGCUGCGACAAUGUGAUAUUGAGCAAGAAGUUUCACCCACCACAGAAUGGCAGGCCAAACUGAUCAGUGGUCAUUGAUUUAUUCUAUAAUCUGCUGAAUCCACACAUAGACCAAUGUGCAUAUUAAUUUAGAGCUUUAAGUCGAGUCAUUUUAACCAUAUUCGUGUCAUAUAUUCAUUUUUGACUUCCACGUCUAAUGCCUAAGCUAGAAAUGCAAGUAAUUAGUCCUAGAAUAAAAACAAAACAAAACACAAAACAC